AAUAAUAAUAUAACAAUGAAGUACCAUUAUAUAUACAGUUAUUAUUAUGCAUUAGAUCCAAUAAUAUGUCUAUACAAGAUCCCACAAUUUAUGAUCUAUUAGUUGUCAAGUUAGACUUAAAUGAUUCUGAAAUUAUAAGAAAUAAAUUAAUUGCCUUCUUAAAGAACUUGAAGACUUGUUGGAAUGAUGUUAGUCGCAAAGCUGCAGCUUUUGAGAAAAAGUAUGCAAAUUGGUUGGAUACUGACUUUAUAUCUUCUGCAUAUGUUCCACCUGCUACUCCAACAAUUGUUACCACUCCUCUUGAAAGGCCUACUUUGAAUUUUGAUGAGUCCUCUUUGAGAUCUAAGUAUAGAAAAGUUGCUGAAAUGGAUCAAUACUCUGCUAGCCAACUAUUAUUUGCAACUAAAGUGAAAUUUGGAAAAGAUAAUCAGCCUAAAAAAGCUAAAUUAGCAGAAAAAGUGUUAGUUGAUACUAUAUCCCCAUCUUAUGUCUAGUGAUGAAGCUUUGGCCCUUAUUUUAGAUUGUAAUUUAACAAAAGCAUCUUAUCAACUGAUGAAAAACAAAGCUGAUGAAAAGGAAUGCAAUCUCUACCCAGCAUAUAAUAAUGUUAGAAUGGCAAAAGAUCGAUGCUAUCCUAAAAAUAUAUGUGUAACUGAUUAUACUGCUAGUGCUCCACUUCAAGAUCUACUGGAUCACACUACAACAAGACUUUUGGAGACACAGACUGGUGUUGUAAAUGCAAAUGAUUAUAAUAGAGUAACUCUAAUAUACAAAGCUGGUUUUGAUGGCUCAAGUGGGCAUAGUAUUUAUCAACAAACAUGUAAUGAUAAUGAGUGUACUAGGAAUCUGAAGAGUGAAGAAUCUCUGUUUAUUACAUGCUUUGUACCUUUAGAACUCUCAUCUAUUGUUAAUGAUAAAAAGAUUAUUCUUUGGAGAAACUCUAAACCAUCAUCUACUUUGUACUGUCGACCUUUGCGAUUUAAAUUUGUAGAGGAAACUGCAGACCUUCUUCAUAGUGAGGAAUUGACAUUAAAAAAUGAGAUCAAACAGCUAACUAAAACAAGCUAUAUCCUACUUAAUGGUAAGCCUAUUGAUGUUGACAAUGAAAUUUAAAUUACUAUGACUUAUGGAAAAGCCCAUACUGCAUUAUCUGAUGUAACUGACUCAUCACAGUGUUGCUCUCUUUGUGGUGUUAAACCUAAAGAAAUGAAUGAUAUUUACAAGGUGUUACUGAAGUUGCACACUCAAAAUGGAUUACAAUAUGGGAUUUCAAUUCUACAUGCAUGGAUACAAACAUUCGAAUGCUCAAUCCAUAUUGCUUACAAAUUGCCAGUUAAAAAAUAGUCAGCAAGAUUGCCAGCUGACAAGCAACAAAUCGAAAUGCAAAAGAAAAAAAUUCAACUUGCUUUUCAAGAGAAGAUGGGAUUGAUUGUCGAUAGGCCUAAGGCUGGCGGCUCAGGAACAUCUAAUGAUGGCAACACCUCCAGAAGAGCCUUUCAGAAUUAACAACAGUUUUCUGAAAUCACAGGACUCAAUUUUGAACUUAUAAAAAUGUUCCAUGUUGUUCUGACUUGUAUUUCAUGUGGUUUUGAGCUUGAUGCAGUUUUAUUCAGGGAAUACUGUACACAUACAGCUAGGUUUUACGUGGAGUGCUAUCCAUAGUAUUAUAUGCCGCAGAGCAUUCACAAAAUGCUAAUUCAUGCUCCCAGUGUUGUUGAUUACAUGACAUUACCAAUUGGGCUCUUAAGUGAAGAAGCUAUAGAGGCUCGGAAUAAAGAUUUUAAAAAGUAUCGUGAGCAUUUUACAUGCAAGUGUGACCGUAUCAAAUGUAAUGAGGAUUUAUUUAAGCGAUUAUUUUGUUCUAGUGAUCCAGUCAUUUCUUCACUAAGAACAAUAGUUAGUACUUAGAAGAAGGUUUUGCCAGAAGGUGUUCUGCAACUGUUAAAAAACAGUGUUAAGUUGUUCUUUUUAUGGAAUUUUACAGGCUAAUUUUUGG